UUGAAAUUCCCUCGAUUCAAUUUUUAUUUAAUUCUUUCAACCCAAACAAAGCCUAAACUAGUAAACUACCCCCUAGCUAUACAUUCAUGAUGGAACCGUAUAUGGCUACUCAUAAACUAACGAAGAGAUCAAAAACUAAAGAAUUUGAUCGUAUAUGCCUCCCCGGCCGCGUUUUCGAGUGCAAGACGUGUAACCGGCGGUUUCCGUCCUUCCAAGCGCUCGGUGGCCACCGGGCGAGCCACAAGCGUCUGAGGCAGGAGAUGGCGGCAGGAGACGAUGGGACGAUCCUAUUUCUGCCGCCGUCUUCAUCUGCCCCAGAACAACCCAAUAAGGCCCACGAGUGCUCCAUAUGUGGUUUAGAGUUUUCCAUCGGACAGGCUCUAGGAGGGCACAUGAGAAGGCACAGAGCAGCUGUUGUUGCGGCCAAAGGAACCCUCGGUUGUGGCGGCGGCAGUGGUGGUUCUCUUCCUCUUUCUUUUCCGGCCGGCAACGCUACCCUUGUCAAGAAGCCGUCCACUGGACAAAGGAUUUUGUGCUUGGAUUUGAAUUUGACGCCAUUGGAAAAUCACCAGCAGUUCAUCAAGUAUGGGAAGGUGGUUUGAAUAUAUUAAUUUGAUGAUUAAUUAAUUGCUUCUUGUGUUAAUUUUAAUAAUGAAUAUACCGAGGUCCGAGUAGGAAUGUACAUACAUACAUGGAUAUAUUUUAAUUUAUUAACUACACCCUUUGCUAUUAAUUUAUUUAUUAAUUACGUACAC